GCCAAACACCUCUAGUCUUCUCCAAAUAACACUUCCAGAAUUCAUAUUGCACGCUCAAGCUGCACAACCCAACCCCAAAACGUUAUUUUACAGUCGUCAGUAACGCACCACCACCACAACGGCGGCGAAAUACAGCAACGGGGAGAUAAACCACCACGGAGGAUCAGCUACUGCAACUCACGGUACAUAAUGGCGGGCAUUGAUGGUGUACAUGACUUUCUAGACAGUGAUGAUGAAACCGUAGAAAACUGUGAUGAACUAGAAGGCACAGAAGAUGGGCUAUUGCAGCAUUGUAAUUCAAACACUGUUGUGAAUGAUCACAUUAGUCUAAUAGAACCGUCAACAGCAGGUUUAAGUGCACAAAGCUUGGAACCAUAUACUGGGAUGACUUUCCCAUCAUUAGAUGAUGCAAGGGAUUUCUAUUAUGAUUAUGCCAAGUGUAUGGGUUUCACCAUAAGAACGAAUCGGAUCAGACACUCGCUAAAGAACACGGCUAUAAUAGGGCGGGACUUUGUUUGUUCGAGAGAAGGUUUUCGUGCUGCAAAGCAUACCCUGAGAAAAGACAGAGUUCUUCCUCCACGGCCAAUUACAAGAGAAGGGUGCAAAGCCAUGAUCAGGUUGGCAGUAAGGGAUGAAGGUAAAUGGGUUGUUACCAAGUUUGUACGAGAGCACAACCACAAGCUAAUGACUCAUUGUAAUUUUCCUGGUGAACUGCCAAUCGUAAAUAUACUUAGUGAGGAAGAGAAGGAUAAAAAGAUCCAGGAUCUAUACAACGAGCUUCAGCAUGAAAGAGAGCGAUCUGCAGCACUGAGACAACAGCUAGGCUUGAUUCUCAAAGAUCUUGAGGAACAUGCUCAAUUCAUGUCUUUGAGAGUUGAAGAUGUAGUUAACAGCAUGAGAGAAAUUGAACUUGGUGAUGUAUAGUUUCAAGCCAAUGACACAUGAGUCUCUUACAACCAAAAUUUAACCCUUUUACCAAUUGAGAUCCAGUGACUCAGUGAUCCUUUUGUUUGUAACAUGAAAGAAGAAAUAAAUACAUUGCUGGUCUCCUAGCAAAAGAGUUGUUGACUUCCCUCAUGCUUUCCAAUCCAGUAAAGUCCAGUUUUAGGUUCAAUCAGAUGAAGACCAUUUUGAGCUAUUGAAUUUGCAGGACCCACAUAGAGAAAUGCAUAUAGUUCUGGAAGAUGAGAGGAUGAGAUGGCUCAUGAUUAAAUUUUGUUAGAAUUUUCUUGUGACUAUUUUUUCCACACAAUGCUAAAAACAAGCUUAUUUUAUAUUUGUUUAAUGGUAUCUUUGAGCCCGUCCA